CUUUGAUUUUCGUGGCGCGCCAUUUGAUUCAAUUUUGAGAGAUGACUGACAAAUUUCGUAUCCACUCAUGUGCCAGGAUGCAGUAAGAUAACGGAUGAGUUUACAUUUUACAAGAUGAUGGAACAAACGUACACCAUCCUGGGUGUGAAGCUAGCCUUCCCAUGCAAGGCAUAUCCUACCCAGCUUUCUAUGAUGUCCAUGAUUAUCAAAGGUAUUAAUCGACAUCAGAACUGCCUUCUUGAGAGUCCUACUGGGAGUGGUAAAAGUCUUGCGCUUCUCUGCUCAUCACUCGGAUGGCAGGCAGGAGAAAGAGAGAAACAGAAAAAGGCAGCUGCUGAAGCAUACAACAAGGCUGACUACAUACCUACCGAUGAGGAUUAUAAUGACGACAGUUUUAGGAAACCUUGUACCUGUAGCUGCAACAAGCCUACAGCAUCCACCACUGACCCUGGUCCUUCAACAUCUACGGCUACUUCCAGUAUGGUAUUUCAAGAUGACGAGAAGCCUUCCAAAAUAUCGCCUCCUGUUGAAUCCAAAGGAAAAGAAGAAGAAAAUGCUAUUCUCAUAUCUGAGGAUGAGGAUGAGAAAAAAGAUGGAGCUAACAAAAAGGAGGAUGAUGAUGAUGACUUUGACUUUCAACCCUCCAAGAAACGUUCACGAAAUUCUGUUGGUCCAAUGGGUACUGCUAAGAAGACAAAGCGUCAGAAGGGCGUAGUCUUUGAUGAUGAUUUUGAGGAUGUUGUAGAGCAGUCUCCUAAUCCUCAUACCAAGGCUCACUGGGAGAUGAAACUAGUCACACCUCAAGGUAGGAAAGCUAAGGCAGGAGCCAAUGAACUAUCAGGAUCAAAGAAUGACACGUCACCAUGCUCCUGUUCCUGUCAUAUCUCUAAAUGCCAGAAGAUGAUGGAGGAGGAGGAGGAGAAGGGUAUGAAGAAAGAAGGAGAUGCCCCUAAACCAAUAAAAGUACCUAGGAUCUAUUUUGGUACAAGAACUCACAAGCAGAUUGCUCAGAUUAUACGGGAGCUCGGUCGGACUGCCUACAAGUCAGUCAGAAUGAGUAUAUUAGGAAGCAGAGAGCAUACCUGCGUCCAUCCUGAAGUGUCUAAGAGUAAGAACAAGAAUGAAGGAUGCAAGGAACUGCUUGAUAACAAAACAGGAGGGACAUGCAAGUAUUUCACUAACGUCCACAAGAUGAAACAGCAAUGGCAGAUCCGUGACUAUGGACUCACAGAGGCCUGGGAUAUAGAAGAUUUAGUCAAUCUGGGAAAACGUGUCAAGGCUUGUCCAUACUUUUCAUCCAGAUCACUGAAGGAUCAAGCCGAUGUGAUCUUCUGUCCAUACAACUACCUCAUAGAUCCUAUGAUUAGAGAAUCGAUGGAGAUUGACCUGAAAGGUCAAGUGGUCAUCUUGGAUGAAGCACAUAACAUUGAAGAUUCUGCUCGGGAAGCUGCCAGUCUCACUGUCACAACAGAACAACUUCAAGAUGCCAUUGAUGAGCUUGACAAACUAUUAUCUUUCAAGUUUCGCGAAGAACACACCAGAGUUAUUCAUAGUGUGGGUUCAAGUCUCCUGAGAUGGAUCAACGACUUCUCCACCACCCUACGGCAGAAUGACUUUGAUAGAGCCUCGAGGAUGUGGACUGGCCAGGAGAUGGUCGCUGCGCUGGCCAACAUGGGAAUCUCACCCGGAACACUGGGUACUCUGCAGCACCAUCUGGCAGCCCUUACGGAAGAUGAGGAUGAGAGGGGGAUCAAAGAAAUGGGACCGACCUUGGGCGCCGCUACCGGGUCACUCUUCAAAGCUCUCUUUGUCAUCUUUAACUUUCUCUUCAAAGAUGAUAUGAAAUUCACCAAAGAUUACAAGGUUGCACUGCUGAAGACCAAAGCCAAGAACCAGUUUCCAAACACAAACAAUAGAUGGAUCCAGAGAAGAAGAAGCAACCAGGCUGUGUGGACAUUAUCAUUGAACUUUUGGUGCCUGAACCCAGCUGUUGCUUUCACAGACUUUGGGAAUUCAGUUCGGACAAUCAUCCUGACUUCGGGAACCCUAUCACCAAUGAGUUCCUUUGCCUCUGAGCUUGGUGUGGCUUUUCCUAUCCAGCUUGAAGCAAACCAUGUCAUCAAAUCCUCUCAGGUGUGGGUAGGCUCUUUAGCAUUUGGUCCCAAUGGACACUCCUUGAAUGCUACCUACAAAAAUGCAGAGACAUUUGCAUUCCAAGAUGAUCUCGGUCGUGUGGUGUUAGAGGUCUGUAAGGUGAUACCGUAUGGAGUUCUGUGCUUUGUGUCUUCGUACAGUAUGAUGAACAAAGUGAUAGAAAGAUGGACGGCAACAGGCUUGUACGACCAGCUGCAAUCUUUGAAGUCAGUGAUGUGUGAAGCCAGAGGAGGUGAUAAAUCAGUCUUUGAUGAACAACUCAGAGAGUUCUAUGAAACAAUCAAACUAUGUGAAGAAGAUGGUUUGGAGAACCAGCGAAUCACAGGAGUGCUGAUGUUUGCUGUGUGCAGGGGGAAGAUCAGUGAAGGCAUGGACUUUGCUGACAACAACGCCAGAGCAGUUAUCACUGUUGGCAUUCCAUACCCAAAUGUUCGCGAUGCACAGGUAGAGGCGAAACGUCAUUACAAUGACCAGUAUGCUGCCUCUAGAGGGCUCCUAUCUGGUGGUGAAUGGUACGAGGUUCAGGCAUACAGGGCUCUUAACCAAGCCUUAGGCAGAUGCAUCAGACACAAGAAAGAUUGGGGAGCGAUCUUGUUGAUUGAUGAGCGUUUUAGCAGGAAUCCCAAGAAAUACAUUUCAGGUAUUUCAAAGUGGGUGCGAGGCAAGGUGAAUCACCAUUCUCAGGCUAGAGAUGCUCUCACCUCUCUUUCUGAGUUUGCCAAUCUCAGGAUGCAAACUUCACCUGAUGCAGACACAUCUGUAUUUGAUGGUUCCCAGCCCAAUUCUCAGACCUUGAGUCCAGUCACUCCAAGUGCCUCUUCAUUGAACACUAGCAAUCUUUCCCACACGCCAUUCCGCUUUGGCCAUCAAACCAGCAUGCCUGGUACUCCGGAAUGUGGUCAAACCAGCAGGAUGGAUAACACUAGCCUUCCUAAGCAGGAGAAGGGUAUGCUCUUUGGUCGGAGCAAUGUCGGUCAGCUGUUCAUUCCUAUGUCCAAGAGUGCUCCAACACCCACUAGCAAUUCUAUGAAUGACCCUACACCAUUGCAACACCAUAUUGGUCAGCAAGGAUCCAUGGGAUCCUUUGUAGCGAGAGGCAAUGGGCAAUGUCAGACCGUUGCAGAGGAAGACCAGGAGGAACAGACAAAGGGUAGGAAGACAAGAAGAGGGAGAAAACCUAAAGGGAAAAGAGCCCAGGAGAAACUUGAUGCUGCCCAGAAAGUGCCACCUCAGCAGACACUCCUGUCGUUUUCACCAGCAGUAGCAUCAAAUGCAAGCAUUGUUGUUUCCAAACAGCAGCUAGGAAUGUCCCUCAUCAACAAGACCAACGGUACACCCAAUGUUGUGAUCAUGAACAGUGGCACUUGCCAAAAUGCCCAAGCAGAAUCAACAAGUUUUGUUCCUGUACAAUCAGUGCAAGCUUUACCAAGCGUCCCAAUCCACAGUGGUGGGGUCAUUGAUCUGACAUCUCCCAUGAAGAGUUUGUCAAAUGUAGAUGAAGUGCAAAGAACUCACAUACCAACCCCAAAGGCAAAACUUAAAUUUGAUGAUGAACCACUACCAAACGUCCGGGAGGAUGCAACAAAGACAUCUUUCACAUCAUUUAAGAAUAAACUCUCCAGGUUUGCCUUUACCAAGGAUGAAAAUGACAAUGGGUGCCAAAAGGAGGACAGGCAUGAAGAAAAAUGUUGCAGGAUUGAAAGUUCUUGUGGAAACGUUUCUAACGAGGAAACAUUAGUGAAAGGAAAUGUUGAAGAAGAACAAGAUGACCAUACUCUCAAAAGAGAUCAAAGAACUACUUGUGUACCUACGAGUGAUGAAGAGGAAGAACAAUGUGAAGAGGACAUGAGGAGAAAACAGCGGGAGGAAGACAAUGGUACUCCUGUCCUCUUUGAUUCCGAAAUGGGAGAUUCUGGAAGUGACGCACCUGGGAAACCUAUUCCUUUCAGCCCUCAAGGCACCCAUGCAGAACCUGAAGAAUUAAAGAAGUGCACUUUUAGUACUGAGGACAUCUCUAAACCCAACGAAAUUACAAAUGAGAGUAAUAAUUACUAUGCAGCUGAUAGGACUGAUGACACAAAUGAAAUGAAGAUUGAGAGGGAUUGUGAUAGAUCGUCCAGGAGGUUAUCCAUCAAGGGACGAAGGAAUCUCAGUCGUAGAAAAGAUCAUGGUGAGCAGAAUGAAGCCAAGGAGGAUGUAAAUGAAACUACUGUUCAAGAGACUAAACCUCACAUGUUAGUGCGUCGGUCUGCCAGGACAAGAAGAACACCUAAGAAAGUUAUUGAUUCCGUUGAGAAAUCAAAGUUCUGCAAAGAUGAUAUAGAGUGUGUCCAGUGUGGUAUACCAUUAAUUCGCAACUUAGAUGUUGUGACAUGUCUACUGCCUGAGGAUGUUAAGAAUAAGUACUUGUCAGAUGUCAUGGCAACUAAAGAUAGGGGUCAGAGGUCAUCUUGUAGGUGCGCAGUGAAAGGAGUGGAAGGAUCUAUGUUAAUGACUGAUGCAAGCAAUCUGGUGCAUUGUAAUUCUAUCACUGCAGAGAAUAAGUCAGGUGAGGGAUAAUGUGUUGUCUAUGUUUCUGGUAGAGCUGUUGAGGAGUAGUUUUACAUCAUUUUUGAGGGAUCUGUUAAUGAAGAUCAAUGCCUUACAAAAGUAUAUAAUGCAUUCACUUGGUUUGAAAGCAAAAGCCAAUCAAUAAUUUGCGAGAUUACCACUCUUCCAAUCGAAGUAUCCUUCCAUUAUGGAAGUUCAACCAAAGUUAAGACGAUUGCCAGUAUUGUGUGUUGAUGAUCUCUUCUCUAGUCACUGUAUCCAUGUGAUAUUGUUUAAGUUUUAUUUUCAUCAUUAAUGAUCACCCCCCUCCCCCCCCCAAAAAAAAAUGUUACAGGGAUUGUAUUGUGAAUGAAGGUACGCUUAAAACUUUGCCAGCUGGCAGGAAUUACAGGUUCCUAGUUUACUACAUUGUUGCUGAUUUAUAUUAUAUUGACUGGGCUUGAGGGGUACAUCGGAAAUAUUGACCUAGCUAAUAUGGUCUUAACGUGGUCAAUAUUUCUGAUGUACCCCGAAAGAAGCCCAGUCAAUAUAAUUAUUAUCACCUAUAGGAUCUACAAGAAAUUAACAAAAAAUGAAUUAUGGCAUUCUUAGCAUGUACCUGUACUCACAAUAUAUGGAUCUUGACUUCCUCCCCAGGGAUGGAAACUGUUGAACUCAGCUUCCAUAACACUAUGUACAAAUUCAGUAAGUGAACUAGGCUUUCAAUGUUUUAUAACACUAUGUACAUGUACAAAGUCAGUAAAUGAACUGGGAUACUAUUGGGUGAAGUGGUUUUGUAAUAUUCCCCAUCAGUUUUCUGUGCUUCGAGAUAAAACUUGGACAAAACAGCUGCAAGUUCACUUUUCUCUAGCUUCUCAAAAUCUGUGGAGAGUCCCUUCUCCACCAAAUACGCACGUAACAAUGAAAUUGCUCCCUUAGUGGCCUUCUUUGUGUUCUCCGAGUCUUUAUCAGUCAGAAUUUUUAAGAUUUCCGCUUCGUCUAACGUAGCGAACCAGGAGGCUGCCAUGUUGAAACGUUUACAUUUCGAUCGUCUGCUAGCUAUACGUGUAAAGCCUAUGGGAUCUUAUGUAGCGCGACGCAUCCAGCUCGCGGGUACUGCAUGCAUUAAUGCAAACUGAAAUAAGCGAUCGAAAUUGGCUUAUUUUGGCAUGGGCUAUUUGGUAUGUGAAAGGAUGCUGUGAAUGGCAUGAUGUGAAAGUGUGUGGUAGGUGGAGUUGUUGUCUGUGGUAGGUUUGUUGCUCGGUUUGUUUGUUUAUUGUGGUGAACUUGUGAUACCUCUGUUGUCAUACAUACAUACAUGUAUGAAUUCCACAGGAAUGUCUGGUGAGCAGCCAUUAAAGCAAAUAAUAUGUUCAACCCAGGCACAGAUCAAGGGGAGGGAGGGGGUGUUUAGCACCACCCCUUCCUGAGCUCUUCUUUUUAUACGCCUGCCGUAUAAUGGUUACGGUAAUACGCUCGGUGUCCGUUAGUCUGUCUGUCUGUCCGUUAACUAAUGGGAUAACUUCAGUUUGACUUAACCUAGGCUCAUAUAAUUUGAUGUGUAUUAUACUAGCAUAGAUCCCAGGUAGCCUAAUGAUUUUGAGGUCAAAAGGUCAAAGGUCAAGGUCACAGUGACGUGUUUUCAUCUUACCCUUCUGAAGUCCUUGUAAAUGUGAUAACUUCAGUUUAACUUAACCUAGGCUCAUAUAAUUUGGUAUGUAUUAUAUUAGCAUAGAUCCCAGGUGAGGUCAAAAGGUCAAAGGUCAAGGUCACAGUGACGUGUAUUCAUCUUACCCUUCUGAAGUCCUUGUAAACGCGAUAACUUCAGUUUGACUUAACCUAGGCUCAUAUAAUUUGGUGUGUAUGAUACUAGCAUAGAUCCCAGGAAGCCUAUUGAUUUUGAGGUCAAAGGUCAAGGUCACACUGACAUGUUUUCAUCUUGCCCUUCUGCAGUCCUUGUAUAUGUGAUAACUUCAGUUUAACUCAAUCUAGGCUCAUGUAAUUUGGUGUGUAUGAUACUAGCAUCGAUCCCAGAAAGCCUAUCGAUUUUGAGGUCGAAAGGUCAAAGUCACAGUGACAUGUUUUCAUCUUACCCUUCCGAAGUCCUUGUAAACGCGGUAACUUUAGUUUAACUUAAUCUAGGCUCAUAUAAUUUGGUGAGUAUGAUACUAGCAUGGAUCCCAGGUAGCCUUUUGAUUUUGAGGUCAAAAGGUCAAGGUCACAGUGACGUGUUUCAUCUUUCCCUUCUGAAGUCCUUUUAAACGCGAUAACUUUAGUUUAAGUUAACCUAGGCUCGUAUAAUUUGGUUUGUAUGAUACUAGCAUGGAUCCCAGGAAGCCUAUUGAUUUUUAUGUCAAAAGGUCGAAGGUCAAUUUGCCAUCUUUCACUUUUCUUGCUUGACCAAUGACUCAAUUUUCCAUGUUACAGGCGGGCAUAUUAUGUGCUCACCCUAGCAACACUCUUGUUUCUGUUGAUCGUCAACAAUGUUGUUGAAGAAAAUGGUGUACAGGUAUGUGAGUGGUGCUUUAUGAUGUUCUACUGCAUGCAACACUGUACAGAUUAAACCCUGAAAGACGCGAGGGAAGCAGUGAUUUGUUAUCAUUUACAAUGAAUAGGAACUGUGGUGUUUUAUGGCAAUAUCAUAGCUAUAUAUUUGAGGAUGAAUUUGUGGUAAGGAAUGGCUUUAUAAGCAUCAGUGAAGUACAUUUAGAUGGUGGUUAACUUUGUGGUUUUAAAACCUGUAAUACCAUUUUUAGAUUGCCACCUUUACAUUUUAUGCAACCACUAUUGAACUGAGAGGGCUUGGUUUGAAAAGAGUGUGAUGAUUUCUAUGGAUGCUAUUCCUACGUUCUUUCAUUGCUUGCUGACUUUUUACUUUCAAGUCUUGCGCAACAUUUGAGACCAAAUUUGCGAUGCCCAGGUGCGCGGUUUCGAAAUUACACAACAUUUUGUACAUGCAUGUCGGACCCCAAAUUGCUCAAAAACGUGAUUCCAUGUACUAGGUCAAUUCAAAUUGUGUUUUUCAACCAAAAGUCAUAAAUGUAUGAUUAUUUUUACUUUUGUUGGUUCAAAUGGAUUUAUUUUAUGCUAUUUAUGAUCGCAAAAGCAGAGCUGCCAAGUAGUACGAUUUUUCCGUAUUUAGUACGUUUUUGCAACCAAAAUACGGCAGUACGUUUUUUCUUUAAAAAAUAUGUUUUUUUUUUUU